CAGACGCGUACGCACGCUUCUCAAUCAGAAGCAAUCGCGCGCUAUUUUUAAAGAACUUCGUGUACUAAAAGUCAGUGUUUGUGCAUUUGUCUUGCAAAGAUGAGCGGAAAUUUCUUAACCAUCCCUGGCGAUAAUCCUAUUCAGAGGCGAUCACGGAGCUCAUCACUAACAGACUUGAUCUCAGCAUUCGAUACCAAAGCACAAGCACACAGCGACCUACAGAAAGUGACGGCAUUUAGUGGACACUUCGACAAAAACCACAAACCCACAUUCUCCAAGGAUGAAUACGGCAAACCUAUUCCCGGUUCGAUGACUGAGUUCCGAGGGGCUGAAGCUCAAGCCAGAGUGUGCACAGAGAUGAAAGAAUUAUGUGACAUCAUUAACCAAUAUGGAAAAACGCCGUGCAAGAGUUUAUUACCUCCAGAAUUGGCGUCUGCAACUAAAGUCAUCCUGUUUGGCGAACUUUUCUCUAUAUACACAGUGAUCUCGGACAAACUCGUCGGAAUACUUUUGCGGUCGAGGAAGCACCAUCUAACGUUUUUCGAGGGCGAAGUUCUAUUUCAGAAACGCGAUGACGACGUGCCUGUUUUCCUCUUGAAACCAAUUGCGGAUAUCAGAGCUUACUGCGACAACAAGGCGCUACUAGCUAGAAGAUCAGUAUCACCGAUGCCUCAUUAGAUAAUGAAAUCUAGUUAAUAUUUUUAAUAUUAAGUUCUAUAGGAAAAUAACAUACGAAACAACAGUGUUUAAAUCAACAGAUUUAAUAAGCAAGCUCCUAAUUUCUGGAGCAACUGCAGAGAUUUUAAUAAAUAGAAAACGAAUUGCUUCUAAUAUUGCUCUCGUAGUUCAAGUAUACAGUACCUAUGUUACGGGUCAAAGUACAAAAUAAAUAUGAAUUAAUACACCACAAGCACUUAUUCAAAAUGCAAAUAUAGUCCGACAGUAAAGUUGUUAUGAAUUGACUACUCAUUAAACGAAUUUGUCUUUGAGAUUAGUUGAGGUUUGUUUAUUAAAUCUGUUUAUUCGUUUUAUUAUAAGUAUAAAUUUUAACUUCAGAGUGUAAUGUAAAUAUUAGUCAUUUUAUAUUAUGGAAACUAUGGUAAGAUGAAGUUGACUCUUAAAUUGUAUAAAAUAUAAGUAUAAUAGACAAAUAUUUACUAUCAAAAUUUUAUGUGUGAAUAUAUAGGGACUAGAAUGCUCGAGGAGUUUCAAUUCAAUUUAGGGAAUAAAAACUAUAUUAUACGUAGCAUAUAUUACAUGAAAAUAGUACAUUUUCAGCAACGGAAGAUUGUACCACCAAGUUUAGAAGCUCACUAGCGGUACUCUUAGCGUGAG